GGCGAUCGAGGCCCAAACAAACCGUCGUACACAAAUGUUGCCGUUAACCAUGAAUGGAUAUUUUAUGAGGAUUAAUGCAGUAUUUUGAGAGUGACAAUGAUCUCGGUGAGCUAUAUUCUGUUGUGCGGACAGUUCCUGCUGCUGCUGACGGUGAUUCUGUUACAAUGCCUGGAAGGAAUUCACUCCCAAAACUCGUCGACAACGGAGACUCCUGCUGCUUCUCCCGGCCAGGGAGCUACCGCGUUCCCGUUCAGCGAGCAGCCGCCCGAAAUUGUGAAAUAUGAAACUACGGUGGAAAUGAUGAACGAUACAGAGGGGUUUGACUAUAGACCUCCGUCACCAGUCGUCCUUUGCAGUUAUCUACCGGAGGAGUUCAUCUACUGUCAAGACCCUGUGGAUCAUGCAGGCAACCACAGUGCCUACCAGGAGCUGGGCUAUGGUUGUGUCGGGUGGGGUGGCCAGACUGAGAAAGAAGUGAACCACACUCCUGUCAUGUGCACUGCACUGGAUGAUAUAGAGUGUGCUGGAUCCAGAGAAUUCCUCAGAGGGAGGGUACCCUGCAUCAAAUACACUGGCCACUACUUCAUCACCACACUGCUCUACUCCUUCUUCCUGGGAUGUUUCGGGGUCGAUCGUUUCUGCCUGGGCCACACCGGCACUGCUGUGGGGAAGCUGCUCACCCUGGGAGGCCUGGGCAUCUGGUGGUUUGUGGACUUGAUCCUGCUCAUCACUGGCGGCCUGAUGCCCAGUGAUUACAGCAACUGGUGCACCUACUACUGAGACCAACAGCAAAGGGUGACCAAGGACUGUGGCCACUUCUCAGUCAGAUAUUAUCAGUCAAUAGGGAUGUGGCCUCACCCAGUUGUGGUUAUGAAUCUGCAGGCUGCCUGAGGGUCUCCUGAGGACCCCUACAGGGUUCUUAGGGGCUCCUGAGAAAAACGAGGAAUAAUAUGAUUUGAUUUUAAUUUAAUUCACUUGAAAUUUACCACCUUGAAAAUUCAUAAGAAUGGUAUACUAUACUAUACUAUACUAUGCUAUAGUAUUCACAGCUUUCAGCAGAGCGACAGUGAUGAUGGAUCUUCUUAGUGUUAAAUUGUCACUAAGGUCACUUUCACGCCGCUUGGUUCAUUUAGCCCAGACCACAGAAGAAAUUAGAUAUUGUUGCCAUUUAUUUGUGGUCUGUUUGGUUUCCUCACACUGAUUUAUUACAAACAAACCAACAUAAGUCAUAUGGACUGACAGGUAACACUGAGUGGGCCGUAUUGAUGAAUGUCAUCCGGCAUCAUCAGUGCUGCAUGGGAAAAUGAAAUCCCAGAAAUAUGACAGCACAUCUUACGUUUGCAUUUACUGUGUGGCCACUGUGUUUCACUCAUUUUCUGAUGAAGAGCUGCCAAAGUACAUGGAAUAGGACACAGUUCUCCUUUAGCUAAUGUAUAUCACACUCACCAGCUUUUGAAUUCAUGCUAAAAUCACAUCUACGUUUGCUACGUUUUCACCCUCCCGUCCACACUACUCCGGCGUUUUCGAGCCCUGAAAAUGAGACUUUUGGAAACGCUGCUGGACCUAUUUUAGUUUGAAAACUCUGGGGUUGCCUUAACGUCUGGACGGGUGAAAACGGAGACCAUUGCAAACACACCCACGGUCACUCCCUGAUUGGGUCUUAUCAGCCUCGACUACCAGUGGUGAAUACAACAUAAUGAAUUACAAGUGUUGCUGACCUUG